AUGUUUUGGCUCAUAUUUCUGCUGGUGAUUCUUGCCACUGGCAGUCCUGACAUUAAUACUCCUCCACAUGAUCCUCCCUCAUCUGAUCUACCCAUCACAGACCUCACCUUCGUUCGCAAAUGGGCAGCCAUUGGCGACAGCUACACAGCAGGCAUUGGUGCCGGUGAUCUGUGGAGCGAUAAAAAAGAAGACACCAAAUGCUCCCGCUACGACAAGUCAUAUGUAGCACUUCUGAAGCAUAUGUUGGGUCCACAAGUGACCAAUUUCACAUACACGGCAUGCAGUGGCGCUCGUACUAGCGACAUCUACAGCCAGGCCCAGGACCUUGAUAAAUUCCACGACCUCAUAGUCCUGACCGGUGGAGGAAAUGACUUGUGCUUGUCCGAUAUCAUCACCACCUGCAUCUUUCUCCCUUUCAAUAGCGAAGAGAAGUGUCAGAAGGUCAUUGAAUUGGCUCAAGAAAACAUCAAGUUUAUCCUGGGGUACAACGUUCGCAGGAUCCUCGAAGUCGCUGUGAGCAAGGUGAAUGCUUUUGGCAUCAUUGUCUGGGCUCUUUACGGCCAGUUCUUCAACACGGAAACUGAUGACUGCGAGAAGAAUCAGGACUGGGCCUUCCCUGGUCUGGCUCCAUUCGAUGCUUUGCCUUUGACUCGCGAGCGUCGCGAGAAACUCAAUCAACUGGUUACUGACACAAACAAGGUCAUUAAGAAAACCAUCGAGGAUUUUGUCAUGGAUAAGGGAAAGUAUUUCCCAAGAGUGCAUAUCCGUACUGCCGAUUGGAAUGACUUCAUGAAAGACGGCCUCAAAGGACAGUACUGCGUGCCAGAAUCAACAGGCAAAUAUCCCGAUCCCAUGCAGCCGAACUUGCAUUUCUUCAAGCCAGACACCACCUAUGAACGCCACACGGAACUGAAAGCGAAGCGCGACAACAUCACCGAAACCUCCUUUUCCUCCUCCGCCGAUACUAAUGACACCCUUUCAUCUUUGUACGACUCUAUCCUCUACCGCUCUCCCAACCCGGCUGCAGCUGCCCUUUACGAGCUGAAUCCCACCGGCGUAACCUUACCCCCAGGCUGCCCGGGUGACAAAGGUAUAGGAUUCGGGCUCCCCGACCGCUGGGGCAAAUACUUCCACCCAAACGAGCUCGGCCACAAGACCAUUGCCUCCUUCGUGCUAGAUGGCAUAUAUGCCGCACGGGCUGAUUUCCUAGGCAAGAGGAACCCCAUCUGCUCGCGCGGUUUCGAGGAGUUCCGAUGCUGGCAAAAUGACGGCCGAAAGGACUACGCAAGCGCGGACCUCCUAAACAAGAACUACAAGACCUACUGCAAGGAAGUAAAACCCCCCAAGAAAACGGCAAAUUGGAAAGACGAGCGCUGGUUCCACCAACAAACCCCAGAAACGCACAGCUUCAGCAUCCAACUCAGCGACGGCGCCACUCACUUCGACCAAGGCCACUGCAUGGAGUCCUUCGAACGUAUCAUCAACUCCUGCGAUGGCAAUGAUCCGAAAAAUCCGAUGAACUGGAAAUUCGGGGGUCGCUGGACUCGCGGGAGCUAUACGUAUGAAGUUAACAUUGCGAACUCGUUCAAGAGACCCUGGCCGCCGACGAGAGAAGUUGGGGGUUUUUGCGAUAGCAGUUAUAAGUUCUGGUACCAGAGGUAUGAUAUGAGAGGCAGAGGAUGGGCAACUUCGGAUGCGGGUCAGGAUACGCUGAAGCCGGCUAUUAUAAGCUGCGUGGGACACGGACUUACGGGAUGGGACUUUCAGUAUUUGGAUCAUCCGGAUUCUGAUGGAAAUGAGUGGGUGGCUAAAUUCAAUACGCCAAUUUUGACGGGACCCAGAUGCUUUGAUAAUAAUAGGGUGCAAUUCAACGCUGGGGGUUUCACGCGGGGUUGUCAUGGGGUGUUGCGACGUGAUCCUUGA